AUGGGACACAGACACACCGUGGGGGAGGAGAGUCUUUUAGCCCAGCCCUGGCGAUGGGGGCACCGGGAGAAAGAGAAGGAACCACAGAAGAGUCCAAAUCCCCUCCCCUGUUGCCCCCUCCCUCCACCGCUCAAUCGCAACCCGAGCCGGGGGGCCUAAAAAUAGUCCCUGAGGCGCAACGGCGGGCGGCCCUGGUGACCUUCUGGGUAGCACAAGCCGAAGGCGGGCGGGCAGCAGGAAGGCCGGCCGCCGGCCCCGCAGCGCUCAUCUCCUAAGGCACCAUACCCCACCCCCCGGGGCGUCCCCCUGGCCUCCCAGUUCUAGUGUUCCUGGUCCCCUUAGUCCAGCUCACAGAGGCCAUGCAGAAAGCCCGGGGCACGCGAGGCGAGGACGCCGGCACGAGGGCACCUCCCAGCCCCGGGGUGCCCCCGAAGAGAGCCAAGGUGGGGGCCGGCAGAGGGGUCCUCGUCACUGGGGCCGGGGCCGGGGCCGGGGCCGGGGCGCCGGUCUUCCUGCGGCCCCUGAAGAACGCGGCUGUGUGUGCGGGCAGUGAUGUGCGGCUGCGGGUGGUAGUGAGCGGGACACCCCAGCCUAGCCUUAACUGGUUCCGCGAUGGCAAGCUCCUGCCCACACCGACCCCAGAGCCCAGCUGCUUGUGGCUCCGGAGCUGCGGGGCACAGGAUGCCGGCGUGUACAGCUGCAGCGCCCAGAAUGAGCGGGGCCAGGCCUCCUGCGAGGCUGUGCUCACAGUGCUGGAGGUCAGAGGUAAUGCGGAGGUGGGGCCUGCCUGGCAGGGUCGGGGGCACAGGGGCUGAGACAGCUG